AUGCCUGGCACCGACCCAAUCGUUUCCACCGGCCGCGGAGGCGCCGGCAACAUCGGCCGCGACCCCACCGUCUACACGGACGGCGAGAUCGUGCGCGAAGGCUUCCAGGGCGAGCCCGAGCGCCCGGGCAAGGACUACAGCACCGGCCGCGGCGGCGCCGGCAACAUCGGGUCGCCGCGCCUGACUCCCCAGCCCAACGGCGGCGCCGGCGCCAACACGACCACCGGCCAGGACGUCAUCCCCGAGACCGCCCUGCGCCAGCCCGGCGCCGGCUACGAGAACUACCACACCGGCCGCGGCGGCGAGGGCAACGUGCAUCGCGAGAAGUACGGCGGGCACAGCGCGCCGCAGGGCGAGGAGAAGAAGGAGGGGUUGGGGGAGAAGGUGAAGCAUUUGUUCCACAAGACCGAGAGGAAGGAGUAG